CAAGUGUCUGAGACACUAACCGUUUGUCUUUGUGUUCUUCCUUGAAGCUCAAGGCACAGCUGUGCCUUUUGUCUCUAUGAUAAUGUGAAGGUAUCCGUGAUACUGUCAGGCACCUCUGUAUUUAAAUGACACUGUUAUGCUGAUAAGAUCAAGGCUGGGAAGAUGCCAGUGUCUGGUAUCUUCCUGAUUGCAUUUGCAUGCUUUGUUAAAAUGGUCUCCACCUCUACUGUAUGGAUCCCUCCCACUUGAAUGUAUAUAAUCUACAAUGUCUUAAGGACAAUUUAGACCUCUUGAUGACUGCAGCGCCACGCAGAGCGUUCUCAAUAAAGAAUCCUGCUGAAGAUUACCCAAGAGUCUCCUGGUCUUCGUUUCUGAGUUCCCAACAGUUUUUGGUGCCGUGACCCGGAUAGAGCUUCUCACCUGAAUCCAGAUUGAAACUGCAACCUCAACAAAUAUCAGACUUCAUUCCAGACUGAAUUUUUCUUUACAACCAAUGGUUGGUGAGUGUACCUCUAUCCAAAAGAACAUUUAAGACCAGAACAAAUUUGUUAGCCUCUGCGCCGUCAGAGAAGAGUUAACAGACAGCUGUAGGGUUUGGUUAACUAAGUUACCCUCUAAAAAGGAUAUUUUAGAGAUGAAAAUAAUCCUCUGCAGGGAAGAUUAGCAUCACAUGCUAAUAUUGUGCUACCCUCUGUGUCUGACAGGGAAGUUUAGCAUUAAGUGCUAAUAGUUUGUGUUAGAAGUGUCCUUUUGUGUCAGAAAGACAUUACAAAAUGUUGAGAAGAAAUCCUAAGCUGAUUCCAACAACUAAGAAAGGUGGAGUAGCUACUCCUUCAUGGACAGACAUUGAGUUCAAAUCAUUGUUAGGACAGCACAUGGACUCAAUAGUGACAGAGUCAGUCAGACUGGAUUUGGUAAAGAAAUUUGGUAUUGAUCCAGAAAAAGUAUGGUCAAUUGAAGAAUGUAAAAAGGUACUAGGAUCAUGUAUUCGCAAAAACAAUGUGAAAGGCAUUAUCUGCUGCCACAGAGAAUUUGGUUUAGCACUAGCUACGCAACAUUCUCAGCGUAACUCAGAACUAGAGGAACAGAACAAAGAGCUCAGAGCUAGAGUAUCGUCUUUGACUAAGAAACUGAAUCGCAACAAAGCUGCAGCAAAAACUGAUGUGGAAGAAGUUAGUCAGACUGAUAACAAUUAUCCUGAUUUACAAGCUUUCUUUGAAACAGAUGUUGCCAUCCAGUCAGUAACUGAUGUAACUGUAGAUUCAGUAAAGGUAUGUGGAGCGAGGAAAAGAUCUCAGAGGAUUGAAGGAACUGAAAGUGUUCCUGCCAACUCUUCUGUUGUCCAAGUAAAAACUGCUGCCAAAGCAUUAAGACCUAAAGAUAUAGAGAGACUAUCCCAGAGCUUACCCUCUGUACGCACAAAUUUUACUGAAUUCAGAAGAGCAUUGAUCAGCAAAAUGCGUCUCUAUGACAUGUCGUUAGCUGAAGUCACACAGCUGAUGUCACAAAUUCUAACUGAAUCUGAAUUCAACAGUUUUGAGUCUGCUGUUACUUCUGAACUACAACAUGCCAGUAAAGAUGAAUUGAGAGAGGGAGUUCUGAGAGAGUUAAAGAAUAUUGUUGGACCAAAAGUGGAUUGGUCAAAGGUCACUAGUUGUGUACAGAAGGAGGCUGAAACUGUGAGUGAAUACACUGAAAGAUUUUGUCAGUCAGCAGUAACUUACAGUGGAAUAAUUGAUGAUUCUGAAAGUGUGUUAGAGGACAAGGGACCAUUAGUUCGCAUCUGGUCAGAUGGCCUUGUAGCUGAGUACAGAAAAGCUUUGCCAUUCUUAGAUCUAACUUGGUCUAACAAAACUCUCCGAAGUAAUCUAGACAGUUUAGCUACUUGGGAAAGAAACUCUGAUGUCAAAGCCAGAGUAAAGAUUGCAGCAGCAUCUUUUCAGGUCAAAACAGAGAACCGACCGAAACAUAGAAGUCCUAAGAAGGAGGGUAGUUGUCAUUUUUGUGGUAAACCUGGACACUGGAUGAAAGAGUGUAGAAAAAGCAAGAAGACAUUAAGAGAAAUGAACAGCUUUACUCAGCUCCUACUCAGUCUACUUACCACACUGAAUCUGCCCCUCCCCACGUCACCUAACUGUUGGAGCAGCUUGCUCAGGUGUUAACUGUAAGGGCUGUGAGAGCUUAACUUCGCCAGUAAUGUACAACAAAGGUGAAACAUCCUUUGUAAAUAUGUUUACUGUCACUUCCUUUCAUUGAGCGAACGUUAAGUACACUCACAGCCUACCUUCAAAGCUAUACUAAAGCACACUCCAGUCACUCCUAUUCUUUUUGGGUUAUGAUGUCUUGUUAUGACUGAUGUUUCAUUAGAGGAUGGAGAUGUCACCCAGUAAAGUUUGUACAACAACUACAGGGACAGACUAGGACACACACAGACCAGUGAGGAGCCCAGGGAAGAACCGAAGUGCAACAGGCCUCGGGGGCCAACCCUGUGGUGAAGACUUCCUCAUAGGUUUCCCCUAUCCAUAGUUUUAUCCCCACCUCACUGGUCCAUAGGUGUCCAAUUACUUAAAACUAGGUUGAGAAAAACCCUAUACGAUCACCAGACUUUAAACCACUAUACGAUCAACAGAAGUCUAAAAUUGUCUAUGCACGAAUACUGCUGGUCUGCUGUUUCUUUGUUUUCUUGUGUUGCAGGUAUGUGUGCAUGAGAAGUCAUUUCCAUAUGUGACAUCCUGGUGUAAAGCAUCACUUCAGACAUCCAUGAACAAGCUUCAUGAGGACAAAGAGUCAUCUGAGUGAAUCAACAUGCGAAAUGGACUACAGAAAACAGACUUCACAGCUAUUCGGAUGCCAUGGACUUCAAGACUUCCACUCUUAUGCUACAUGAUUUUUUUCUGUGUCAUCAUGUAGUUUGUACAACGUGUUACCAUCCAUGCCAUAUGUGUCAACAGUUAUGGUUCUAAAAAUACACCUAAGUAAAUCUAGUAUAAGACACAGAAUAAGUUAAACGUGCCUGUAACCUUUUCAAGUUACAUGACUGAAGAUGGGGCUUGUGUUAACAAACAUAGGCCAUAGAAUGGACUUAUGAAAGUUUAAAUUUGUAUUAUGUGAGAGUUAUUAGAACUCUCAACGGGAGGACUGUGGGAUUACAAAUUUAGAAAAUGUUAAAUCUAGGUUCCAAUAUAAUAGCAGACUUUUUGGGGUAAUAAAGUUGACACCCAAGAAGCUCAAAUCAGGAGAAUCAAGUGUCUGAGACAUUAACCGUUUGUCUUUGUGUUCUUCCUUGAAGCUCAAGGCACAGCUGUGCCUUUUGUCUCUAUGAUAAUGUGAAGGUAUCCGUGAUACUGUCAGGCACCUCUGUAUUUAAAUGACACUGUUAUGCUGAUAAGAUCAAGGCUGGGAAGAUGCCAGUGUCUGGUAUCUUCCUGAUUGCAUUUGCAUGCUUUGUUAAAAUGGUCUCCACCUCUACUGUAUGGAUCCCUCCCACUUGAAUGUAUAUAAUCUACAAUGUCUUAAGGACAAUUUAGACCUCUUGAUGACUGCAGCGCCACGCAGAGCGUUCUCAAUAAAGAAUCCUGCUGAAGAUUA